AGCCACCACUCCGGCUCUGCAGGGCUCUCGGGCUGGCUGAGCUUCAACACAUGUCCCAAGGUUUUGUUGCACCUGGACAUGAGGAUAUUAAAAGAGGCAAAUUGCUGGACAUCUGAAAUUGAGGAGAGCUUGCUGAAAUGUGAGCAUCUGUCUGCUGCUGUCAGUUAUCCUCACCAGGGAGCUUUUUGCUCCCUAUCACCUCGUUGAUCACUUUCCUGCGGAUGCUCAGCGCUCCCCACCUUGAGCCAAAGCAGAAGAAGGGACCCGAGUGAAGAGGAUGAAUUCAGACCUGCUCUGAGCCCCAGGAGUCCCUACAAGGAGCUCAGCCUUCAUCUUCACCUCCACCUCCACUUCUUCUGGCUGUAGAGGAGCCAUGAGUCCUGCCCUGCCCUGGCUCCUUUCUCUUGGAUGUGUACUGCUCCUGCCAAAGGCAGCUGAAUGCUUUGUCUUGCCCAACUCGAGUCACCUGGAGAGCAUUUUGAGUAAAUAUCAGGAUGGGGAAGCUCACUCCAGAUCCAAGAGAGCCAUCCUGUUCUCAGACAGACAGGAGAUACUGAUGCUCCACAAUAAACUGAGAGGUCAAGUGUACCCAGUGGCCUCUAAUAUGGAAUACAUGACCUGGGAUGAUGAGCUGGAAAAAUCAGCCCAUGCUUGGGCUCAGCAGUGCAUCUGGGACCAUGGACCCAGUGACCUCAUCAGAUCAAUUGGGCAGAACUUGGCUGUUCACUGGGGCAGGUAUCGGUCUCCAGCUUUCCAUGUCCAAUCUUGGUAUGAUGAAGUUAAAGAUUACACAUACCCAUAUCCUCAUGAGUGCAACCCAUGGUGUCCAGAGAGGUGCACUGGUUCUAUGUGCACACAUUACACCCAGAUAGUCUGGGCCACAACCAACAGGAUUGGGUGUGCUGUGAACCUCUGCAAGAAGAUGAAUGUCUGGGGAGAAAUCUGGGAGGAUGCUGUCUACCUGGUCUGCAACUACUCACCUAAGGGCAACUGGAUUGGAGAAGCCCCAUACAAGACCGGACGCCCUUGCUCUGAGUGCCCACCCAGCUAUGGAGGAGGCUGCCAGAACAACCUCUGCUACAAAGAUUACAGGUACCAAGAUCCCAUCAUCGCUGAGACAGAUGAGACAAAUGAAGUGGAGAUUUCACAGGAGCAAAAGCCAGUGAAGUUCUACCCUCCAGAACCCAGGGCCAACAAACCCAUCAAGCCCAAGAAAAUCACCCCAGAAACCUAUAUGACACAAGUCAUUACGUGUGAAACCAAGAUGAGAGACAAAUGCAGAGGCUCAACGUGCAACAGGUAUUUGUGCCCAGCUGGCUGCUUGUACAGUAAAGGAAAGAUCUUUGGAACAUUUUAUUAUGAGAGUUCAUCAAGCAUAUGUCGUGCUGCCAUUCAUUAUGGAAUUCUGGACAAUAAAGGAGGCCUGGUUGAUAUCACAAGGAAAGGGAGGACACCAGGUUUUGUAAAGUCUACCAGGAACGGCGUGGAAUCUUUUAGGAAGAGUAAACCUUCAAAUGCAUUCAUGGUUUCCAAAGUCACAACACAGACACUGGAUUGCUACACCACGGUAGCUGAGCUGUGCCACUUCAAGAAGCCAGUGAGCCACUGCCCAAGGAUUUAUUGUCCAGCCCACUGUAAAGAUGAGCCAUCCUACUGGGCACCAGUAUUUGGCACAAAUGUUUAUGCAGAUAGCUCCAGUAUCUGCAAAGCUGCAGUGCAUGCAGGAGUCAUUCCAGAUGAAAGAGGUGGUUUUGUGGAUGUGAUGCCUGUGGAAAAGAAAAAAACCUACAUUGGCUCCUUAAAGAACGGGGUCCAGUCUGAGAGCUUGAAGAAUCCUUCAGAUGGCAACGCUUUCCGGAUUUUUGCUGUGAAGCAGUAAAGUUCCUGGGCAAGGUGCAAGUUUCUUCGGGAGAGCACUCUGUUGAUCUCCAGAGACAGGAAAGCUCCUCUGAUGGCAUCACCUCUGACCGUAUCCUCCUUGAUGACUUCUUUCAGGGAAUUAAGACAAAAAAAAAAAAAAAAAAAGAAAAAAAAAAAAAAGAAAAAAGAAAGAAAAAAAAAAGACACCAGGUCCUGACUCAGCUGUUCGCAUCUCAUCGCACCCGUUCAGCGUUGUAUCUUUUUGUUUUUCAUCUUGUUGUUUCUCUAGGGGCAUUCAGCAGUGAUAAACUGUUCUGACUUUCAAGUUAUGUGGUGUGCUACACAGAAGGGUGGUGCCUCCCUGUACAGCAACGUGGGGAUCUCUCAGCCUGGCCCUGGGUGGCAUUUUUUUUUUUUAGGGGGUGAAGCAUCCACUGCGAUGGGUUUGAGGACGUGGCAACUGCUGAGCAGGUUCAGAAGUGAGCGACUGGCCAGGUGCUGGACCCUUGGAAAUGAGAAACUCUUUGAAAAGUUGCAUCUUUUGAGGAGAGGUUGGGCUUUGGUUGAGUGUUUUUGGGUAUGUUUUGAUGUUUUCUGUGCAAAAGAAAAGAAAAUGUUGAUAUUUUUCCCAUGCGUCAGCACUGCUGUGUAAGGCUGCUGGGGCUCCGUUGUGUGAUGGUGUCACCUUUGGGGACAAGAUGUCCUUGUUGGGUGAACAUGAAGGUUUUUUGGGGGCUGGGGAAGAGGGUGACGUGGUGGCAGAGAUCCUUGCUGUAGAAAAUGAGGCCACCAGAUAAUCAAAAGAGCAGGUUUAGUGUUUGCUGGUCAAACACUGGCAGGUAUUUUGCGAGUCAGGCAAGUUAGGAGAAAUCAGUGACUUGAGGCUCCUGUGCUGGCACAUCUCAUCCUGUACUACACACCAUUUCCAAUAAAAUUUCAGUUAAAUGCAGUGUAUUGUUUCAUACAGCAGUGCUGGUUGUUUUAUCUGUAGUAGUUGAGUAGUGAUCAAGUUAACCUUAUUUCUGGUAGGAAUGGUUGGAGCCCUGGGAAGCGUGCUCACUUCGCCUUUGUGAAGCUCUUGGUGGUGUGUGAAGUUCUGAGACUUUGAGAUAACAGCAUAAAUGUGGGGUAGAUGAAUUUCCCCUGGUGAAUUUGUCACAACAGAUCCCAGCUUGCAGUGUAAAUGAGGAUUUGUCAUCCAGGGUGGUGUGUUUGGCAAACCCCAUAGGUGUUGCAAUGGUGUUGUUUAGGGAUUUUGUUCUUGAUGUCUCAACAUGCAUCCAAGUGCUUCUCAAAGCCAAGAGAAGAGCAUAACCUGCUCCCCAAGGCAGGAAAGUAUUCUCUGCUUCAUAUUGGAAAUGAAUUUUUAGAAUUGGUCUAAACCCAAAUCUGGUUGUCUUCUGAUGUGCAAACCUCCAGUAACUUCAUUACUCAUGAGAAGGCAACAUAAACAUUAGCUCUUCAGUUCUUGGAAAUGCAUAAUCCUUCUGCUCCACUUGGUUGUAGUAUUUCUUAUCAAAUGGGGAAACAUUUCCCUCCACUUGGCAGAUGUCUGAUAGUUGCUCUCAUGCUCAGGCUGUGUUUGGUUUAAGUUAGACAGGUAGAAAAGCCAUCCCUUCAAGCUGUUUCAAAAUACAGACCAAAAAGGUUUUUGUGGUUAAGCUUUUCUUUAGUUCAGGAAACACCAUGAAAUCAGCAAGGUGAUUACUUUUAUCACUUGGUUUGUCUCACCAAUGGGGUUUCUUUCUCUGUGAAAUCUGAAUUUGGGAAGAAACCUUUUGUAAACUGAGAAGCUGGAGCCACUUUGUGUUGUCUCCAAGAGUGCUGAACAGCAAACCUCCCUUUGGGGUGGAUAGAAAUGACCCCAUGUCAGCCUUGUUUAUAGAGUAUCCUCUUCCAAAGUGUACAGUAUUUGCUUUAGAUAGGAAAAUUGAACUCAAUUUCUCUUAUUAGGUUAAAAAAAGCUGGAAAAUAUCUUAGAAAAGCUUCUGGUUGGAAGCAUUUGAGGUCUUGGUGGUGAGAGAAGGUUUCCCUGGUGCUGCCCACCAUGAAUAAUUAAAUAUGGUCUGGUUCAAGCCCAUUAUAUAAUCCAGUAUGAAUCUAGGACCAUUGGGAGCCAAAUGGUAGCCAGAGUGCUAUUUAUUGAAUUGGAAAGUAUAAGAGAUGCCAUCAGGCAUGUAAAAUGCCUUGACCCUAAAGUAGGAUCCCACCUCUCCUCUGUUAUCCAUGACCAUUACACGUGCUAUAAAAGGAUGAAGGGGGUUAUAGUGAGCACAUAAAUUUCCAAACAGCUUGAGUUGUAUCUACCUGACGAAAAGGGGAUGAGGGAAGACUUAUUAUUCCAACAGAAGUAUCCUAAAAUGCUUCAUUCCACUUACAAUUAUGUAUUUUUAUCUGCAGCCAACUGGUUUGGAUUUUUAGCAACUGACGUUAAUUUAAGUCUGUAUCUGUUUAUUUUUGUAUUUGUUGUACAAAAGAGGAAUUGUGACUUUACUAUACAAAUAUUAUUCGAGGUCCUGGGUGCUAUUAAUUUAAACAUACCUCCACCAGAAUUAGGGGUGAUCAGGUCCUCCGAGGCAGCCAUGAUGUAUCAGUUACUUGCAAUCCUCUGUGCUAGCUAUCCAUAAAUAGGUGGGACAGUACCAGUUUUUAGCCACAUAUUUGCUGAUUUUGUAUCUGAAACCUAAACAUUUCUCAGCCUAAUCCAUUUCAAUGCAGCUUCAAGAUUCAGCAUGUCUUUAAUUCCCCAAAUCCAUCCCUCCUUAAACCCCAGCUCAGCAGAUUAGUAAGCAUGGUGCCAACUUGGAGCACCAUGGUGUAGCCUUAACUGGGGCAUCUGGUUAAACCCUUGGCAAAAUCAAUGUUGCCUGGUGGUUCUUGUCCUAGAAACUUAGUUUUGAAGCUAAGACUCCCACCACAGAGCAUCAAUCAAAUCUCCAAAAGACUCAAGCAGACUGAAAGCUGGAGCUGCUGCUGUGCUGUGGGGUCUGUGGGCUCCACUAAUUUCUUCAUUUUAAGAUGUUCAGCCAACAGCUGAUGGCAGAGUCUCCAGUUGGUCAGUUGUGCAGUCUAAAUAUUUAGGGCCAGUUCAUAGAGUUGCUUUUUUUUUUUUCUAUGAAAAAUGAUGUAUUUUACUUCCUAUGUACAAAAGUUUCUUGUAAAUUUGUGUGUGUGUGUGUGUGCCUUUGCAUGUUUUUCGUGGGGCUGUGUGGUUGUUUAUAAACUAUAAUUUUUUUUCUAAAUACAGAAUUGUAAAAUAUCUUCCCCCUCCUUCCAUUUUCUUUUGAUUUCUGAAUUAUUUGUGAAAUAAAACCUUUCCAGAAUGAA